CUUCAAUCAUUGCUCUCAGUAUCAAUUUCAUUCGAAAACUGCAAAGAGGCUGCACUCUGUAAUGAUGUGGAAGAAGCUUCGUAGCUUGACGUUCGACAAUGAUGAUCAGGACCUGCAGGAGGAAGGUGUUGCGACGUCAGGGCGCGCUUCUGAAGAACAGUCAACCGCAGAAGCAAAAUCAGAUAAGUCGACGAUAUGUCACUUCCUGCGCCUCCCUACCGAGAUCCGCUUGCAAAUCUACGCCUACAGUGAUAUUGCAGGUCACACAAUCGAAGUCCUCAAUCUUCCCAUCAUCCAGACAUCACGAGCCACGCAAUGUUAUCGUACUUAUAGUACGAACCCCAUCGAUCACGAACUUGUGUAUCGACUCGAGUCCAAGGAUGACAAUCACUACGGAAAGAAGCCUCAACCUAAACCAACGCGCAACUGGGGGUACUCUGGUCCAGCCAUCUGCGUGAUGCCCCGGUCAGGGCGGACGAGCCCCUCAGAACUAUCAAGCUCGUCCGAGCCAACGAAACGAAAGCGCUGCUUCAGCGUCCACGGCCUGUUCAGCUUGACCAGCGUAUGCAGACAGACCCGCGCAGACACACAGUCACUCAUCUAUGAAGUCAAUACUUUCGCCUUCUCGGAUGGAAAUUACAACUACAGCAGCGCAAUCCGCGCAUUCACACAGUCUCUCACCGAGCGUGAGGUUUCAGUUAUCCAUACAAUCUACUGGCCACUGAUGAACGUUCUUGUUUACCGGCGCAGCUUGCACGGUGUGAGUCUCGAGGAACCUGAUCGAGCUUGCGUGGAAGAACUUAGGGCUUUGAAGGGCCUGAAAAGGGUAGUCCUUCGCUACUGUGGAUCAGAGUUCAACAACAUUGCGGACAAGCAUAGUGAAUACGAGAAGAUGGAACUCGAGGGCUUGCUUGCGGAGAAAGGUGGGUGGGAUUAUGCAGUUAAGAGGCAGUUCCAGAGGACGCUGGCUGUGAGGGGCAUGAAGGCGUUGAUUGGGAGGGAGGAUGUUGAGGUGGAGUGUGAGAAAACGUGGCGAGCUAAUUUCUGAGAAACCUUUGUUGAGAGAUAACAGUGACGAGGAUGAGUGCUCUCCUACUUACUGUCUACUUAUUCUUCUUUUGUUCCAGAGUCGCUAUCUGUUCUCUCGGAUCAUCCGACCUCGAUGAGGAAUUUUGAACCAACCCGAUCGAAGAUCUUAGCGCCGUCUGACCAGCCAGUCCAUAUCUGGUAUCUAACUCUUUCGUGUAAGCUGCCUGCUUCUUUGAAAGCCAGACUAUAGGUACGGAUGGCAGUAUCGUGGUACGAGACCCCUAUUAGCACGGCGAGUACCUUGCCAC